UCAACGGGCUUUCUUCUCGUGCAUACCUAGAGAGGGCCGUGAACUUUCUUUACAUCGGAUUUGGGAUAUAAUAGUUAUUUCUUGCCAAACAUGCCCUCGGAAUUAGAAGAGCUGGUGGAAUUCCUUCAUCAUGGAAACACCCAAAUUCGACAAAUCGCGUGCGAGAAUCUCGUCGGGUUUUCAACCGCCCAGCCAGAACUCUUCAAACGCCAUCAACUUCUACCAGUGCGGGAUUUGAAACUCCUUGUUCGCGACUACACUCCUAUCGCAAAAAAUGCUCUUACAAUAUUAAUUAACCUCUCUGCCGAUGGGGAGGUGUUGGCUACCCUUGCAGAAGAUGACGAUUUUCUGGAAACACUUCUCGCUAAAGCGACGAACGUGAAGGAACCCAAUGUUGACGAUGUCUUAAUGCUGUUCGCCAAUCUUGCUAAAUCGGAUACAAUGAAGCGACUUCUCACACUCAAGCGACGGGUCCCCGAGGGUGUAUCUACCUCCACCAACGCCAUGGACCAAUUAAUGGACUGUUUCGUGAAAGGCGCCGAGGGGAGCCUAAACAAAAAUGCCAACUACGACUAUCUGUCGUAUCUAUUUGCCGACAUCUCAAAAUCGGAGGAAGGCCGGGCAUAUUUCACCACCAAACAAGACUAUGAUAACAUAGUACCUGCCUCAAAACUUAUUGUCUUCACGGAGCACAAAAGCACUAUCCGGAGGAAGGGAGUCGCAUCUACUCUGAAGAAUGUUGCUUUUGACGUCUCUUUCCACAGUACGCUUCUCUCCGAGGACGAAACUAACCUUCUUCCGUACAUAUUGCUCCCUAUCACGGGGCCAGAGGAAUUUGCGGAAGAGGAAGCCUUGGAAAUAGACAGCGACACCAAAAUCAUUGCCACGCAUCUCGAUACGUUGCUGCUGUUAACAACAACCCGUGAAGGACGGGAAAAAAUGAGAGCCGUCCAGGUUUACCCUAUCGUUCGUGAAUGCCACCUCCACGUCGAUGACGACGAAGUUCGUGAGGCAUGUGACAGGCUGGUCCAGGUCCUCAAGCGCGAUGAAGAUGACCAGGAAAAUGGUGCUCAAGCGAUCGAAGGUGCGGAUACGGUCCCACAUCCAGAGGUGAAUGAAGAUGAGAAGGUCGUGGAGCUGUUUUGAGCUCUCUAUCCCUCUUAGGCGCGGCUGCGCAUUCAACGGGAACAAAUCUCUGGUUGUUUGAAGAACCCAUCUGGACCUUAUCUUUUCGGGAAUGCGCCACCAUAGAAUCUCAUUCUUGGCAAUACCCAAAAUUAAAGGCACAACAGAACCAUGCGUGGCAGGAUAAACAAUCGAGGGGUCAAUAGACAGUCCAUUUCAGAACACGAAACGGGGGAAAGGGUAUGAUUUCAUGAAUUAUGUGGGCUGAGGGACAAUAUUCCUGCAUUCCCAG